AUGCUCCAAUAUCAAAGGCUUACCACUUUUCGGUUCACAUGUUCACAGCCAUAUAAACGCUUUACUGUUUCGCAACUGUUGCCACAAAGAUCUUAUGUAACGGAUUAUUCUUCAAUAAAACCAGAUAUAAAGCUUCUGGCCAGACUACGUCAGGAAACUCAGAUUAGUAUCACAAAAGCCAAGGAAGCUUUGGUGAAACAUAAUAAUGAUUAUGAUAAGGCGACCGCAUGGUUAUUAGAAGAUUCAAAGAUUACCGGUGUAGCAAAAGCAGAGAAACUUAAAGGAAGAACUGCAAAGGAAGGUUUGAUUGCAAUCGUAACUUCAAAAUUUGGAGAAAAAUUUGGAAAACUUAAGGAGGGCGGUUUUAUAUUGGGCAAUAGAGGUGCUAUUGUUGAGAUAAAUUGCGAAACAGAUUUUGUCUCACGUAACGCAUUAUUUCAACAAUUUGCUACACGAAUAGCAUCAACAUCAUUACUAUUUCCGACGCAAUCAACGCCUGAGUUUUCAAAUCUAACGGCAAAAAUCGUACCGAUCCCCCUUGAGUAUUUAUCUCCAUCUCCAUUACUUCUACAUCCUUCCACAACAUCAACUACAAUUGAUCAUUCACAACCUAUAUCAGUUAAAGAUUCUUUAACAGAAUUAAUUGGAAAAUUAGGUGAAAAUAUUAGCAUACGUAGAGUUGAAACUGUGAAUUUCGGUAUUGAAAAAUUAUCAUCGAGAAUCGCGAAUGAUGAAGGCUUGGUAGUGAUAACAGGUGGAUAUGUGCAUGGUGGUAACGAUGCAUACACAGGAAAAAUUGGUGCGCUGGUAGUUCUUGAAGUUAGAGGAGUGAACCAAAAAAAUAAAAUACUACAAAGAGGACAAUUGAAUUAUUCACAAUCAAUAGUCGAUGUUCUUUCAAAAUUUACUCGUGAUUUAGCAAGGCAAGUUGUCGGUUUUAAUCCAAAAUAUAUCUCUUAUGAUCAUGUUAGACUGCUUGAACCAGGUAGACUGAAAGGUUUAACGGUAACAGGAGAAAUUGAUGAUUCUUUUAAAGAUUUCAUAUUGACAGAACAAGAUUUUAUUGCGGCUAAAAAUCAAAUAACAGUUGGGCAACAGAUAAAAAAAUUGAAAAAUGACUUCUAUAUCGAAAUAAAAAUUUUAGAGUUUAAAAGAUGGGUAUGUGGAGAAGACAUCAAAGAUAUCAAAAAUAUCGAAGGAAAUUCUAACAUUGAGAUGUCAAGCCAAGCUGAAUUAUAUAAUAAAUAA